AUGAAAAACAAACACAUCAUUCCCAGAAGAUUACAAUGCAGUGACCUAGCAUGCAAAAAACAUAGGUUCUACUUUUGCAGAGAUCACCAAGUCUAUUCAUGCAGAGGAUGAGCCAGCAAAAUGCAUUACAAAUGUCAAAUUGUGAUCAUCCAAUAUCUCACAGAUCUCAGAACUGAUGUCAAGGAAGUUCAGAAGCAUGUAGUAAGGUUUCAAGAACUAGCAACGGAGAAUGGUUUGGAAGUGUAUCUUCCUAACAUCGACAGCGUCAUCAAACAUUUUCAGGAAGACUUGGCUGGGAUUGAAAAAAAGAUAAAUGAAGCCAUUGCUCAUGACCACCAUGAGCAAUUUGACACUCUCAGGUCCCAAAUAAGAGAGAUACAGAAUCGCAUGGCCGAUGAACAAGUCAUCAAAGAUAUCCUGUUCUUGUCCACCACCAGAGAUGCAAGUAGAUAUGGCCUUCCGAGAGUCAGCGAUGAGUUCUCUUCUGCCAUCAAGGUGGAACACAAAAUCGACACUGUUGUCAAACAAAAUGUUAAAUUGAUACAGAAGAAGCUGGAAAAAGAGGCAAAACAAUUUGAAGAUCAAUGUAAUGAAAGACUCAAAGAAGAGUUUAAGGAUCAAGUACAAACUCUUCAAGCUCAGAACCAAGCCAAGGAUACCGAACUUGAAGAGCAAAAGCAAGCAACAGAAAGAGCACUCCAAGAUACGGAGGAUAUCAAACAGCAAAAGGAAGAAGCCCUUGAUCAAAAUCAAACUCUUUUAGAAGAUAAGACCAAGUUGGAGGAAGACAAAGAGAAUCUCAAAAGGGAACUUACAAAGAAAGUGGAAGAAAUCAAGCAAGCUCAGCAACAGAACGAGAGAAGCCAACAAAGAGUCUCAAAACUGAACGAAGAAUUAAAAGAGAAUAUGGUAGAACUUGAAGAAGCCAAGAAAAAGAUUGAAGAACAAGUCAAAGAUUGUCAAAAUAUCUUCAGCUUUGAAUCCGAAGAACUUAAAUUCGACAUGGAUUCAGACAACGACAAGCAGAUCGUUAAAGCAAUGGGUGCUUUGAAGUGUUCUCCUGGGCCCAAGAAAAGAUUUGACAUUGGCUACAUUAAGAAUGGAGAUGAAUCCCUGAACACAUUCAUGGCUCACUCAGCUCCUUCUUCCCUUCAAUCCUUUGUGUUCAACAGAGACUACUGUGCAGAUGAGUAUGGAGACCCUGAAUCCCCAGUCAGAAUAAAGUUCUACCUAGAAGGCCUCAAGGGGGUUUUACCCAAAGUCACUGAAGAGGUCUUUGUUGAAGCUUUAGAAGUAGAUGACACUGAUCUUAGCCAGAUUGUCAAGUUAUCUUCAAGUGCUGAAAGAUUGACUAUCUAUUGGAGCAAAAUCUCUACUUACAACUGCUUUGAUUUCUCAACUCCUACCCAGGCCAAACUUAAAUAUCUCAGCUUCUUCAACUGUGGGCUUGAUUGGUGCAAUACAGAAUGGAAUGAGCAUCCUGAUAGGUUCGAAAAGAUCAUAGUUGCAGUCAAGAACUCCUCCCUAAAGGACUCUCUUGAACAGAUCAAUGUUGAAGGAUGCCAUAUUGGGGUUGAUAAGGUCGAUGAGCUUCUGGCAACUCAUGGUCUCUCUCAUAUUGAGGUCAUCGAAGAAGAAAAUGAACCAGUUGAGGAUUAA